CAACAGAAAACCAGGAAGAAUAGCGUAUGACCACACAUGUAAAAUUAUUGAUGCAGACGGCUGGCAAGGGGAGGAGACAUGACAGUUGCAAAUCAAUCGCCGAAUCAAAUAGCACGUUUCUAACAGUUCUAAUCAAUUGUUUUCAUCGCUUUUUACCCCGCUUCCGACAACAAAAGAAAAAGCUUUAUAUGCUUACGGAGACAUCAUCCACUAAUUUUUUUUUGUUGACGUGUCGAGCACCAUGGCAACGUAUGUAACACAUCAAAUUAAAUCCUGAACCCCUCUCUCUCUCUUUUAAAACUGCGAAAAAGAUUCCAAACGUUUGCGAACGUAACCGAAGAGAACUAACUGAAGCAGGGUUUUGCUGCCAACUCUCACGCGAACUGAAUUUAGAAACUUUUUCUCCUUAAAAAUCCAUUGGGUAAUUCUACAAGUUGGAAAAGUAAAAAUUUCAUUUGCUCCUUCUGCAAAUGAAAACGAUGUGCCGUGUGGUUUAAAUCGUUCUUAAAAGAUAUUUUACUGAUAGUUCAAGAAAUAUUUAAUGAAGUUAAGUCAGCACGCAAGAAGAAUUUAAUUUCCUUAGUGUCGAUCAAUUUUUCUAGAUUCGACCUAGAUUUCAAUCUUACAGCUAAAACUUAUUCAUAAUUCUUUAAGAGUUCUCUUUUUCUCCGGGCACAUAAUGGGUUGUGCAGCUUCAAAAGCAGUACCACCACCUCCAAGUUCAACAGAAACAGUGCCGAAACCUGUAGCAUUUGAAAUUCCAAUUGAAGAAACUGCAGAAACAAAUAAUAAAGCAAAAAAACCUCCACCGCAAAUAUUGCAGCGCUUAGAAGAACAAAACCAAAACAACUUAACAGUUGAAGAAAUAAAAGAAAAACAGCAGAAGGCUGAAGAGAGGAGGAUAUCGAUAUUGGAAGAGAAGAGCAGAAUAGCUCGCCAAGCCCAAAAGAUGUAUACCAAAAAUGGUGAAAAAGUUGAUCAUAAUGAAGAAGAGAAAGAAAACCAGGCCAGCUGAAUAAUAUUAAAAAUGAUUCUACUGGAGGAACAAGAGCAACAAAUAAAGUUGUAAUUAAAAUGUGUGUGAUAAAGACAUUUUUAUGUGCCUUUAAAUAUUAUUUAAGAACUGAACGAAUGAUAAACAUAAAACAAUGAACUUUGCCUUUCAUUUAUUUUGUAUGACACGCAAAAUAUUUAUAUUUAGUAUUCAGAUGCUAUCUGCUCACAUGCUAGCAUCAAUAUUCUUUAUUGCUGUAGAAUCACAAAUUCUUGUAGAAAAAAAUGUAUAUACACUUGUGAAAUCUAUAAAACGUUUGAUGGAUAAUAUGCUUUUUUAUUUUAUGUGUAUUUAAAAUGCUAUUCACUGUAAAAAAUCACACUAAAAAGCACUGGUAUUAUUUACCGUAAAAUUAAUUUUUUCUUGAAUAUGUUACGAAGCAAAAAAUCCGAUAUGCUGUUGUUUUUACAAUAAUAAUUGUCGUAAAAUGACUAUAUCAAUCGAAUUAAAUAAGUAUUAUUGUAAAAAUUACAAUAUAUUUUGCGGUGAAAUAGAUUUUACGGUAAAAUGGAUUUUAUGGUAAAAAUUGAUUUUAUUGUAAAAUGGAUUUUACGGAUGAUGCACCGAAAGUGGCGGCACUUUGUUCUGUAAUUUGAUCCGAAAUUUUUUACAGUAUAGUCUUUACGUGGAAAUUGUUAUUAAAUGUUCUAUUAUGUCAAAUGUUCUUAGAAUUCAUUACAUUCAUUUUCUCUAUGAACUCAAUAAGAAAAAUUGAGAAACAGUUUGAGAUUUUUAUUAAUACUGUGAAAAUAGAUUUUUAUUUAAUACUGAAUUACAUUAAUCAGAAAUUUUUAAAAUUAUUUCUUUUUUCAGAUAAUACAAUGUAAAGAUUGCUAUUCCUUUCAUGACAGUAAAAUAAUAUUGUGUUAGAUAUGUAAAAUUCUUGUGUUUAAAAAUAUUUUAUUUUUAUUUCUAAAUAGC